AUGACGACUUCAAUAGAUCCAACGCCAUCCGAUCUGGUACACAAAUCGGCAAAACGUACUAGGGAAAUCUUCGCCGCCGACUUUGGCGCACCCACAGCGCUCGACAACUCUUCUCGACCCGCCAUCGCUCCCCCAAUCGCGUCGCCUGCAGAACGUGCUCAGAAGCUCGCCUUACGCGCGCGAAUCGCCAAAGAAUAUAUCGAUGUGAAAGAGUUACCUCCGGUGCUUGCGACCAAGCAGGCGAAUGCUGUUGCUGCCUCGCGUUCAAGUCUACGAAAGAAGCCAAAGACCGAGGAGCAAGCAUCAAACCCAAAAAUGGCCAAGAUGAUUGAAGGAGUCUCUGCACAAACACCCUCUAGCGCCGCUGGAACAUCAAACGCUCUUGCCUUGCGCGCGAACGGCGCUGGAAAGCUACCACCCAAUGCAAAUGGCCCUACACCACAGAGAAACCUGCCCGGCUCCUCGAGUCUGGUGCGCAGAGACGUCGUGCGUCAGCCAAAGCCCGAAUGGAAAGCACCUUGGAAACUUAUGCGUGUGAUCUCUGGUCACUUGGGUUGGGUUAGAGCACUUGCAGUGGAACCCGGAAACCAAUAUUUCGCGACGGGAAGUGGUGACAGGACUAUCAAGAUCUGGGACCUCGCUUCCGGCACGUUGAAACUCACAUUGACUGGCCAUAUCUCUACCGUACGAGGUCUUGCUUUCAGUCCAAGACAUCCAUACCUGUUCUCAUGCGCUGAAGACAAGAAAGUAAAAUGCUGGGAUCUGGAGACCAACAAGGUCAUUCGUGACUACCAUGGCCACCUGAGCGGUGUUUACACACUGAGUCUACACCCUACGCUCGAUGUGCUCUGCACCGGAGGUAGAGAUGGUGUCGUCCGUGUGUGGGACAUGCGAACAAGAUCGAAUAUCCAUGUGCUCAGUGGCCACAAACAGACUGUAUCCGAUAUCGUCACCCAGGAGGCCGAUCCACAAAUCAUUUCGUCUUCACUGGAUAGUACUGUCCGUAUGUACGAUCUUGCAGCUGGAAAGACCAUGGGCGUCUUGACACAUCACAAAAAGGGUGUGAGAGCACUCUGUACAGCGCCCCACGAGUUCACAUUCGCCUCUGCCUCGACUGGUCAGGUCAAGCAGUGGAAAUGCCCAGAAGGUGCUUUCAUGCAGAAUUUUGAUGGGCAUAAUGCCAUCAUCAACACUCUGUCAGUCAACGAGGACAACGUGCUAUUCUCUGGUGGCGACAAUGGAUCAGCUGCUUUCUUCGACUGGAAGACCGGCUACAAAUAUCAAUCGCUCGACUCUAUUGCCCAGCCAGGUAGUCUUGACGCCGAAGCUGGCAUCAUGAGCUCAACAUUCGACAAGACUGGACUCCGCCUUAUAACUGGAGAAGCAGACAAGACCAUCAAGAUCUGGCGCGAGGAUGAGAAUGCCACACCUGAGACACAUCCACUCGAGUGGAAGCCCACGCUAGGAAGACAAAAGUUCUAG